AACGCUGUGAUUUUGAUACUACAGACCGCGUUAUCCCAGCUGCCCCGUUCCCCGCCGGAGCCGGCCGUGUCCCCCUCUCCGGCCGUGUCCCGCUCUCCGGCCGUGUCCCGCUCUCCGGCCGUGUCCCGCUCUCCGGCCGUGUCCCCCUCUCCGGCCGUGCCAGGGGCGGCCGUGUCCCGCUCUCCGGCCGUGUCCCGCUCUCCGGCCGUGUCCCCCUCUCCGGCCGUGUCCCCCUCUCCGGGUGUGUCCCCGCUCCGCUGUGUGACGCCUGGUCGUUCCAGGGUCGCUGUCCCCGCGCCGGGCGCUCCCAGUGCCCUGCGGUGCCGGUGGCGGGGCCAGCGCGCGUCUCUCGGGCCUCGCCUCUGGGAUCUGCGGGUCCCGUCCCCACAGGCGCUUCCUCCCCGCCCGGGGCUCGGCAGAGGCCGCCGGGCCCCUCCACUGUGUCCAGCCCAGCCCGAGCCCCGAGCCAUGGCCUUGGCCGACCUGCACAGCGCGGCCGCCAGCGCGGACCUGGCCCGGCUGCGGCAGCACUGGUGGCUGAACAAACACCGCAUCAAUGGCUACAACCGGGACAAGCAGACUCCUCUGCAUCUUGCUUGCAUAAAUGGCCACGCAGAUGUUGUUCAGUUUCUGGUAGAAAAGAAGUGCAACCUAAACCCUGGUGACAAAUUGAAUAAAUCUCCACUAAUCAAGGCAGUAGAGCACGAGCACAGAGACUGUGCAGCUAUUCUGCUGGAACACGGUGCCGUCAACCACAGAAGUGUAAACAGUAACACUGCCCUUCACUUUGCUGUCAUGGUUUCUAGCAAACCUCUAGUGGAGCUGUUACUUGAGCAUGGUGCAGAUAUUGAUGCUGAGAAUAAAGUAAGCUUGGACUUUGGGUAAAGCUGCUCUUCCCAAGUCAACUUGCUCAACUUCUCUGUGAUUCUAAGAGAGAUGAUUUCUCCUUUCAGUUGAGAUACACUCCGCUUACUCUUGCGAUCAUUGGAAACUGUAAAGAAAUGGUCAAGUUCCUUUUUGAAAAAGGUGCUGACGUGAAUGCUCAGGAUAAUGUUUAUAGGUAAAGUGUUUGCCAAAAGUGCAUGUGGGACUCCUUCACACUGUUUGAGUUGGACUGAUGGGAGGCAUAAGAAGGAGCUUUGAAAAAAGACCAGGAGUCUUCCAGAAGGAUCUCCUGUGUGACUUGUGAAAGCAGACCUGGGCUUGGAUGCUUGCUUUCUUCAGGGGGUGAUUUCCAGGCUGAGGACUGCAAGAAAGCACUGUUUGCCAUGCCACACACCCACACAUGCAUGCACACACAGGCACACAGGCCCUGAGUCUGCUCUGGGAAGGUAGUUGUCCAGGAGACCUCCUGAGGUCCCACCAACCUGAAUUCUCCAACACUUGUAGGCAUUUGGCUGUGCCUUCAUUCUGCCUGCAGGAGAGAGCAAAUUAAU